AUGGCGACGAACGGCACCAAAACGGAUGGACAGGUGACAGAGCUCAACGAGGUGGCGACAAAUAACGACAAACCCAAGACAUUGGACGUGAAAGGGGGAGAAAAGAAAAAGGAGGUGCCUGAUAGAGAAACAUGGGUGGGAAAAUUUGAUUUCCUCCUGUCGUGUGUGGGUUAUGCAAUUGGACUGGGCAACGUGUGGAGAUUUCCAUAUCUCUGUGGAAAAAACGGUGGAGGAGCGUUCUUGAUUCCAUAUUUCUUGACUCUCAUAUUUGCUGGAAUGCCCUUGUUUCUGCUGGAAUGCUCACUUGGUCAAUACACCUCCAUUGGAGGGCUGGGUGUGUGGAAACUGGCGCCUAUGUUCAAAGGUGUGGGCCUUGCAGCUGCUGUCUUGUCCUUCUGGCUCAAUAUUUACUACAUUGUAAUUAUUGCCUGGGCCAUUUACUACUUGUACAACUCCUUUACCACUGAACUUCCCUGGAGCUCAUGUAACAAUGCAUGGAACACAGACAAGUGUUACACAAACUACAGCAUUGCAGACACCACCAAUCUGACCAGUGCUGUGCUGGAGUUCUGGGAGCGCAACAUGCACGAAAUGACCGAUGGCUUGGAAAAACCAGGCCAAAUCCGAGUGCCACUGGCAAUAACACUGGCCAUUGCUUGGGUCCUUGUGUACUUCUGUAUCUGGAAAGGGGUUAGCUGGACAGGGAAGGUGGUGUACUUCUCUGCAACAUAUCCUUACUUCAUGCUGUUCAUUCUCUUCUGUCGUGGGGUCACUCUGCCUGGAGCUUUUGACGGCAUUAAGUUCUAUGUGACCCCUGACUUUGAGAAACUUAAAGAAUCAGAGGUCUGGCUGGAUGCAGCCACCCAAAUAUUUUUCUCUUAUGGUCUAGGCCUGGGCUCACUUAUAGCUCUGGGCAGCUAUAACCCUUUCAACAACAAUGUUUACAGAGACUCUAUCAUUGUGUGCUGUAUCAACUCAUGUACCAGCAUGUUCGCUGGCUUUGUCAUCUUCUCUAUUGUUGGUUUCAUGGCACAUGUGACAAAGAGACCCAUUGCAGAUGUAGCAGCGUCAGGUCCUGGUCUGGCGUUCUUGGCGUACCCUGAGGCAGUCACCCAGCUGCCUGUGUCUCCUCUCUGGGCCAUCCUGUUCUUCUCCAUGCUGCUCAUGCUGGGGAUUGACAGCCAGUUCUGCACGGUUGAAGGCUUCAUCACUGCUCUGGUGGAUGAAUUUCCCAGAGUUCUUAGGGGUAGGCGAGAGAUAUUCAUUGCAGCCGUCUGCGUCGUGUCCUAUGUGAUCGGACUGUCAAACAUCACACAGGGUGGGAUCUAUGUGUUCAAACUGUUUGACUACUACUCUGCCAGUGGAAUGUGUCUGCUGUUUUUGGUCUUCUUUGAAUGCAUCUCCAUAUCCUGGUGCUACGGUGUGAACAAGUUCUAUGACAACAUCCAGGAAAUGAUUGGCUACAGGCCCUGUCUAUGGUGGAAGCUGUGCUGGGUUGUGUUCACGCCUCUCAUCGUUGCUGGGGUGUUCCUGUUCAGUGCCAUACAAAUGGUUCCUCUCAAAAUGGGAGACUACGUGUUCCCGGGCUGGGGUCAGGGAGUGGGCUGGCUCAUGGCACUGUCCUCCAUGGUCCUCAUUCCAGGAUACAUGAUUUACAUGUAUAUGGGCCUCAAAGGGACCUACAAAGAGCGUAUUCGGAUAAUGCUCCAGCCACCCGCAGUGACCAGGAGGCCUCAGGAGAACGGCCCAGAGCAGCAGGUGGAGACCAACACUGCAAACCUGUCGAGUCCAACCAACGCAGCCAGCCCCUCCACUCAGGCCCCCCCGAAUGCAGCCAGCCCAGUCAACCCGCCCCCUACUGCAACCAGUCCCAACCCGGUGACUAGUGCCAGCGCGGCCCCUCCCCCUGCCAACCCACCCACUGUGUCCAGUCCAACAAACCCAGCAACAAGCCCUACCACAACCGUAAUUACCACAACAUCUACUGUUACUGCUAGUGCUGCUAGUGUCACUGCAACCACCAAAAGUAGCCCGACCAGCGCUGUGCCCACUGUAGGGAGCCCAGUGGAGACGGUGAACCCUCCAAGCACAACGAGCCCCACCUCCAACCUGACCAAUGCAGAGGCCAACGUGUAG